AUGUCUGCGCUCAAGCGGAUCACCGAUGUGCUCAAGAGAAAGAAAGAUCGGAAGGGUAUGGCCAAGCUUUCAUCACCUCGUUUGAUGAAUCGAUUUCAGGAGGUGUGCUUCGCGCUCUUGCGGAUGGUUGAAGAUCGCAUACCAGGCAUAUCUCACACGGUGGCACCUAUGUUCCGGGGUGUUGAUGAUACUUCCUCUAUGAACGGCGCCGAGGCGGCAGUCUUGGUUGGCGAAAUGGUAGAGGUCGGAUGGGGAGCGUUCAAGCGCAUGGAUGACUUGUUGAAGGUCGUGAAGAACUCGAAGAUGUUUGUUUUGAAAUCCGACGUUUUGUCAAUGGGUUUGUUCAAGGAGCGGCUCUUUGAGAUUGUUGGGGUGAUGGAGGAGGCAACAAUCCUCGCUCCGAGGGUGCAACUUCGAUGA